GAGGGGAGAGUUGAGAGAGAGAAGGGAGGAGGCGGACAUUCUGUAGCAGCAGGUUUGUGAGCGCAGAAGCCGGGGGAGGAAUCGGAGCGAGAGAAACAGUGUGGCUGCAGUGAGGAAGGAGAGACACAUACAGAGAGAGGACAGAGAGACAGAGAGAACGGCCUCACCUUUUUGCUGACCCAUGAAAGAAGCCAUGCCGGUCCUCUCAGCAGGCACAGGCCUGCACGAGACUCUGGCCCUUCUGACAUCCCAGCUGCGUCCUGAUGCCAACCACAAGGAGGAUAUGGUCUUCCUCAAAGACGUCUUCAGUGAGAAAAGCCUGGGCUACCUCAUGAAGAUCCAUGAGAAGCUGAGACAGUACGAGCGCCAGAGUCCUACACCUGUCCUUCACAGCGCCGCGUCCUUGGCUGAGGAUGUGGCAGAGGAGCUGCAGAGUGGACCAAUGAGUGUUGAGGAGAAGGAACUCCUACAGCUGUUGACGUCCCCCCAUCUCAAGGCAGUUUUGUCAGUUCAUGACACGGUUGCCCAGAAGAACUUUGACCCCGUGUUGCCACCACUGCCUGACGACUUCGAGGACGAGCUGGAGGAGGAGUCAGUGAAGAUUGUCAGACUGGUCAAGAACAAGGAACCACUGGGGGCCACCAUCAGACGGGAUGAGACCACAGGGUCUGUGAUCGUGGCCCGCAUCAUGAGGGGCGGGGCUGCAGACCGGAGUGGACUGGUCCAUGUAGGAGACGAGCUACGGGAGGUCAACGGCAUCUCCAUCAUUCACAAGAGGCCUGAUGAGAUCAGUCAGCUUCUGUCCCAGUCUCAGGGCUCCAUCACCCUGAAGAUAAUCCCAGCCGUUAAGGAGGAGGACCGUCUGAAGGAGAGCAAGGUCUACAUGAGGGCCCUGUUUGACUACAUCCCUGCUGAUGACAAGGCCACGCCCUGUCAGGAGGCGGGACUUCCCUUCAAGCGAGGUGACAUCCUGCAGGUGGUAACCCAGGACGACCCCACCUGGUGGCAGGCCAAACGGGUGGGCGACAGCAACCUCCGGGCUGGACUCAUCCCCUCCAAACUCUUCCAGGAGAGACGGCUGGCUUACCGGAUAAAAACUGGCACACUUCCGAACCCUAAAUCCCCUAAAAAUCCUACCUAUGACCAGGGAUGUGACAACGAGGACUGUGAUUGUGAGGGCUAUUUCAAUGGACAGUACAUAGUCUCUCCUAAGUGUAAAGCAGUGGCGCCCUCCUGUGGCCAGGUGUUUUCCUGGGAAUUUUAUUCAGCGGGUCUGAGGAGGAGUUUCCGUCUGAGCCGAAAGGACCGGUCAGGAUCCCUCGGAGGAGGGGCCACCUCCGACCCCACCGACCCAGACUUUGCCACCUACGAGGAGGUGACUCGCUACCAGCACCGGCCCAACGAGAGACCCCGCCUGGUGGUUCUGAUCGGCUCCCUGGGAGCUCGUAUCAAUGAGCUGAAACAGAAGGUGAUAGCAGAGAACCCACACCGCUAUGCUGUGGCCGUACCGCAUACCACCAGGCCCAAGAAGCCUCAUGAGAAAGAGGGGUUGGAAUACCACUUUGUCACCAAACAGGCGUUUGACGCAGACGCUCUGAGCAACAAGUUCAUAGAGCAUGGGGAGUACAAGGAGAACCAGUAUGGUACCAGUAUAGAGGCUAUCCGCUCUGUACAGGCCAAAAACAAGAUGUGCCUAGUGGACGUGCAGCCAGAGGCUCUGAAGACACUGCGGACAUCUGAGUUCAGGCCCUAUGUCAUCUUCGUCAAGCCGCGUGUCCCGGAGAGCAGACGCCGUCGUAGUGCUGCCACUUCACCAGCAGGGGGAGAUCAUGGGCGAGUGACGGAUGAGGACCUGCAGGAAAUGCGUCAGUCAGCCAAGCAGAUGGACCAGCAGUAUGGCCACCUGGUCGACCGGGUCCUAAUCAAGGAGGACUCAGCCAGCGCCUGCACAGAACUCCGAGGCAUUCUGGAGCGGCUGGAGCGUGAGACCUUCUGGGUGCCCCUCUGCUGGGUGCGGACCUAACCCCCCUCUCCCCAACCUCCAGAGGGGGGAUCACAGCCCCCCAGCCCUUCCUCCAGCAGGACCCCUACCCAAUCCCUUUUCUGAUCUCCUGGACCCCUUGGCUCCAUGGGCCAGCCUGUAGGGUGUGGAAGACACUGCCCCAAACCCUGGCCUGAUACCGGGCCAGCCACACACUGGCACUAGGGGAGAAGGGCAUGUGGCAAAACCCUUUGGAACAUUUCUGUGUUUGGAAUGUUCAAAGGGAAAGAUUGUUGUUCUGGCUACCCCCCCCCCCACCCCCCCACCCCCCCACACACACACACACACACACACUCCAUUGUUCAAAUUCAUGUUUUUCAUAUAUUUAUUCAAGUUGUUUUUUUUAUUAUUUAUGUCAGUCAGUCAGACAGACAGACAAACAUACAGGCAUCUUUAUCGUGGAACCAUGUGGAGUGUCAUCUGUAGCUUCCUUUGGCCCGCAGUGUCUAGUACUUGAGUUUCCCCUUAAUAUAAUAAUAUAUGCCAUUUAUCACACGCUUUUAUCCAAAGUGACUUACAGUCAAAAAACUCGUACAGGAGUCCUGCAGGAAAUCCUACACAAUUUCUUCACAAAGACAACAUGACUGUUUUGUAAGGUUUCCUCACCUAUUUCCGUUGCUCGUUGAUACAGUGCAUUCUGAGUGAGGCCUAGCCAUUGUUAUGUUGUUGAAACGUUAUCCAAAAGCCAAUCCACCUGCUUCCAUUAUACCUGGAGAAUGAGUAGAUAUGCAUACAUAGUACGAUUAACCAACCCUGUCAAUAGUACAGUAGGAUAUAUGUAAUGAUACAAAAAUAAAUAUAUUAUUUUAUAGUGCUUUAUUUUAUCAAUUAUUUUAUGAUUAGGACGACAACUUCAUUAUUUAAAUCGCAGAUGUAAAUAUUCUACAUGCAACUCCUACCGUGCCAACGAACGAUCUCGUAGCACUUCAAUGCAGCCUGCUGAACUUUGACCCUAAGUGUCUAAUCCUCAGUAUGAAUUACUUCAGUUCUGGGACUCUGGAUGUGUGGAUUUCAUGUACACACACACACAAGUGCACUAAAACAUGCUAUGCUCCUUUUUGUGUACCAGGGAAUGCACUUUGUAUAGCUGACAUCAGUCACAUGUUUAAGACACAGGUGCAGUGUGGGUAAUAGGGUUUUGAGGGGGGGGGGGUGUUCUAUGGUCCAUCUUGAUCAUCAGGGUCCUUGUUAAAUUGUUCUGUAUGAGUUUUUAUCUACAGGCGAGGACACUGAGAUUAGUGGUAUAUGGACACCUCCAAGUGUGAUUGUGGGUUCAAGCCGUCAUUAUAAAUGCACACAGAUGUGACGUGUUUCUUUGACGUUAUCGUGGUGUUUACAGAGGCAAUGUUAAAAGCCAUUUCAAGGUUACAAGGUAAUACACAAGAAAAACAAAAUGACUCAUGCUAGUCAAACUGUUGUCACUUGACUAAAGCAAUCAGCGCCGUUUGGUGAAACUCUACCUGUUCUCAGUCUGUAUAUUGGCUCUGCCGUUCUGACCUACUGGUGAUCUUCUAGAGACUCUGUAUUCUCUCUCUCUGUGGGUGUGGGUACGGACUUCAAGUCUUGUUUCAUGGUGCAGAACUGAAACGAUCAACAGGAGCUUCCAGAUCCUCCUUUCUCAUCUUGUUCUCUUUUUAACAUGCAAUGUGUUCUUUGAUCUUUUACUGUGCUAUGUAAAUUAAGAAAUCCAGAAUGUUGACUUUGUAACGUGUCAUGUGUAAAGUGCCGUUGUAAAACCAGAUGAACCACGUGCUACUUUGUGUAUGUUUUGUUAUAGUCAAAUCCUACCAGAUGUUGAAUUGGAUAAACCUAUUCUUUUGA